AUGGUCGGCCCAGCAGUGUUAAGUUCAAAGAAGGGUUUACUUACGCGUUAUUGCAACAAAAUCGAAUCAUUACUAAAGCAGUAUGAGGACUAUAAAAGGUGUCAAGAAGGUCCCGCCUCAAUGGCGAGAGCACCCGAAACUAAGGAAUGGGUUUUGAGGCUCAAUGCUACUUCUCAACUCGUUUCCGAAGCUCUACUGGACUUCACAGGAUUGACCGAUUCCCUUGCGGACACUUUAGCGCAGGAGCAACUCGAUCAAGCAAAUGCUUACAUUGAACGGGCGCAGGAAUGCAUCGAUAACGCGCAAAGUACAGCCGUCGAACUGGAAGCAAAGAGAAUAAGCGCAAUGGAGAUCUUCGAGGGACCAGGAAGGAGUUUCAAUAACUCACAGUUCAGAGCGCCACAAACAUCGGUGGAACCCUGA